UUUCCGGGUAGAAUCGAGGUGACCUGGCUGCUGCCGGAGCCUGUGGCGAUAGCAGCCAUGGGGGCGCACCUGGCCAGGCGCUACCUGAGCGAUACGUCAGGGGAGCCCGACCCCCUGCGGAUGCCCACCUUCCCGCCCGACUACGGCUUCCCUGGGCGCAAGGAGCGGGAGAUGGUGGCUACACAGCAGGAGAUGAACGAUGCACAGCUCGUGGUCCAGCAGCGAGACUACUGUGCCCACCACCUCAUCCGGCUGCUCAAGUGCAAGCGCGACAGCUUCCCAAACUUCCUGGCCUGCAAGCAUGAGCGGCAUGACUGGGAAUACUGCGAGCACCUCGACUACGUGAUGCGAAUGAAGGAGUUUGAACGGGAGCGGCGGCUGCUCCAGCGGAAGAAGCGGCGGGAGCAGAGGGAGGCAGAUCUGGCCAGAAGCGAGGUGGCCCUAUAGUGGAUCCACUCACCAACCUUGGAUGAGUGGAGAAAUAAAAGCCUCCAGGCCCUCAGCCCAAGCCCUGCCUAUUCCUG